AUGAGAGCCAGGCUACUGCAGCACAAGGACUCACCAACUGCACAGACAUGGCUCAAGGCCUACAGCUGCCUGGAGAGGGGGGCAGCCAUGCUGACCAGCGGGGGGUACCAGGAGGGGGAGGGGGUGGAGCACCUGCUGGAGGGGUUCAUACUGAUGGAAGGGGUGUCACCUGAUGAUGUUAAUACAUUCCUGUAUCACCAGUCCUUGCUGCACCUGGACAGACUCAAGUUAAAUCAGCUCACUUCCACACAGCUCCAGGCUAACCCUGACAGCUCCCCCUGUCUGCUCAUACAGGCACUGCAGCUUCCCUAUGGACACAGCCGACUGCAGGCCAUAAACCAUGUGAUCGACGUUGUUCUACAGCAUGGAGAAACAGACCCCAUGUACAAACAUCUGGCUGACAUGUACUGUGCUUUAGGCUAUACAAUAUUUCAGACCACCAAACAACCAGCCCCAGCCCUAUCUGCCUGUGCCAGUGCCGUUAUGCACAAAUCUAACCACCUGCUAACCCUGUACUUAACAGCAAGGUGUUCCAUGGAUGUGUCUGUCCCACAGGCCAUCAGGCAGUUUCACCACUUCAUCCACACAGCUCCUACAGACCAUCGCGGGGUGCCCAUAGCUCAUUACCACCUGGUUACCCUGUACAGCCAGCAGGACCCAUCUGUCCACAGGGACAGAAUCCUGCACCACUACAACAUGGCCCAGCAGACUGACAGGAACAGGCUGCCUGUGUUUGCACCAGUCCCCAGUGGGGUAACAGACCCAGCCAGGAGGGUGUACGAACAAGUCAUGGCACAGCCUCACUAGUGACAAUUCAACACAAUACAAAUACACUGUACAUGUAUCAAGACUAACUGUCUUAGUGACAAUCUCACCUGCUAUAUGUAAAAGCCUAUUAGGUGCUAUAUGAACAAUACACAAUGUUAUUGAAUAAUCUUAAGCAAAACAUGUACAAUGGCUUGUUAUACUUUUAAUAUAUAAAUAAUAAGGACUGAUUGUAUUUUUUCCUAGCAUCACUGGUGACAAUUCAACACCUACACAAUUGUAUUAUCCUACCUGGUAAAUAAAACAACAUAGCAGACACAAAUAUAAUUAGACAGUGUAAUAAAAAAUAACCUUGUAAUCCUGUGGAACAAAGAA